UUUCAUUUUCUUAAAAAAUACAAUAUAUUCAAAAGUUAAACAAGAGUCGUCUACUAGCAUCUGUUUUCGUGUGUAGUUUCCUAGGACACCAACGACAACAAACAUGACCGCUUUUAAACCGGUGGAUUCGACUCAAGAUGUAGAUCAGGAGAGCCAAGGAGUACUUCCUAUAAAAAUCCUUCCCGAUAUAGGAGAAUCUCAUCCUUGUCCUUACUUCCGUUCUUCCAAUUAUAUUAUCAAAGUCGAAUCUCUACCCAAGCAGAAUAUAGCACCGGUUCCUGUACCCGUUCCUGUCAGAGCGAGACCCGAAUUUGGAGACGAAGAAGCCGAAGAAUUGCUAGAUUCGUGGUUAGAAGAUCUCAAUCAUGCUGUUGUAUGGGAAACCAUUUUAGAUCUAUCUAAAGACGUCAAACUAAAAGAUUAUAUGGAUAAGGUUUCAGAUAACCCGAAACAUUACGUGCUUACAGAACAGCGGGUUAAGAAUUUUCGUGAAAAAUUAAGGAAACAAUCAUGGAAGAAAGAUUGGUCUGUAAAAUGUGAUAAACCUAUGGACAAUUUGAAUCUAGAGGUUUUAAUAUAUCAAGCGUAUCGAUUAAAAGAAUGCGAAGAAACCCUAGAUAAUUAUGCAUAUAAAGAACUGAAUAAUGAAUGCUUUCAAAAAUCGGGGAUUCAGAGGUUAACAGAGGCUUACGAUCAACAGUUAGAAAGAGAAUGGAAGAAAAUUGAUGCGAAUGAAACAAAAUCGCAACCGCCGCGCCAAGCAUUUAAAAAUUAA